AUGUCCGGCACCGGCCCCCGCGAGGCCAUCUUUCCCACGCGCAUGAACCUGACCCUCACCAAGGGUCGGCUCAAGGGUGCCCAGACCGGCCACUCUCUCCUCGCCAAGAAGCGUGACGCGCUCACCACCCGUUUCCGCCAGAUCCUUAAGAAGGUCGACGAGGCCAAGCGUUCCAUGGGCCGCGUGCUCCAGCUCGCUUCCUUCUCCCUCGCCGAGGUUACCUACACCGCCGGCGACAUCGGGUACCAGGUCCAGGAGAGUGUGCGCAAGGCGACAUACACUGUCAAGGCCAAGCAGGAGAACGUGUCGGGUGUUGUGCUGCCCGCGUUCGAGGGUGUGCGCAAGGAGGGCAGCGACUUCAAUCUCACGGGUCUGUCGCGUGGUGGCCAGCAGAUUCAGCGCAGUCGAGACACAUAUGUCAAGGCGGUCGGUACCCUUGUCGAGCUCGCAUCGUUGCAGACGGCGUUUACGAUCCUCGACGAGGUCAUCCGCGCGACCAACCGCCGUGUAAAUGCGAUCGAGCACGUCGUCAUCCCGCGCCUCGAGAACACGAUCAAGUACAUCAACUCGGAGCUGGACGAAAUGGAUCGCGAGGAGUUCUUCCGUCUCAAGAAGGUGCAGGGCAAGAAGAAGCGUGACGCGGCCCAGGCCGACGCCGAGCGGGCGGAGAAGAAUGCGCAGGUCGCCGAGUCCGAGGUGAACAAGGACGACGGGAUUGGGGGCGGCUUGGCGGGUGGUGCGGACAUGCUCGACGCCGACAAGGACGACGAUGUCAUUUUCUAG